GCGGCACAAAACGGAAAUUAUUAGGCUGAGUAAAUAGCAGAAAUUAAACGCUAAAAUAACGCCAGCUUUCACAAUAUUUGAAAUAAAUAUUCCAUUAGAAGAGGAUUACAAAAUGACUCGGAUGUUGGAAGCAAAGUGGAAAUUAUCAUAUUCUUUCAUUGUUAUUUUGACAUUAUGUGCUUCAGCCACAACGACAGAGAUAUCAAAUUAUUUUGACACGCAAGGACCGAGUUUCUCCCUAGAGCCACCUAGUAGAAUUGAAUUUAUGAAUACAGCUGGAAACACAGCCAAUUGCAUAGCUCAUGGAAAUCCUGUGCCGAAUGUUCAGUGGCUAGAUAAGGAAAAUAAUCCCAUUACAUCCAUAUCCAAGGUUCGACAUAUUCUGGCCAAUGGUUCAUUACAUUUUCCACCAUUUUCCGCUGAAGAAUUUCGACAGGAUGUGCAUUGGUCGAUCUACCGAUGUGUGGCAUCUAACAUCGUGGGUACGAUUAUAUCCAGAGAUGUGGUUGUUAAAGCAGUGGUCUAUCAGCAUUAUGAACCGGAGGUGCAAAAUCCAGGUGGAUUCAUUGGCAGCAACGUUCUGAUUAAAUGCAAUAUUCCAUCGUUUGUUAAGGAGUAUGUCACAGUCACCUCCUGGCUACAAGAGCCCAACUUCAAUAUAUAUCCAUCAUUGGAGGGCGAUGGUAAAAAUCAUAUGUUGCCGACGGGGGAACUUUUACUAUACAACAUCACUAGAAAUGAUUCACAAAAAAUAUACCGUUGCCGUACGCAUCACAAAUUAACACAGGACUCAAUAGUCAGCAGCAAUGCGGGUAAAAUUCAACUAACAGAAAUGCGGGAACUGGUGCCACCAAUAAUGAAUGAUAAGACAGUUUCGGUAAUGGCCAGAGUUGGAGAUCCUUUGGUGUUGGCAUGUGUUGCUUAUGCAAAUCCAAAACCCACUUACAAAUGGCGUACAACACGAUCAAACAUCGAGGAGUCCAUUCAACAUAUGCUUGCGACUGGGCGGGCCAAGAUUAAAGAUGGCACUCUUAUCAUAUCGGCAGUUGCAAAAGCGGAUAAUGGUAUUUUUUAUUGUACUGUUACCAAUUCGGAAGGCAGUGAAACGCUGGAGGUGGAUUUGGCAGUUUCAUCGCCCUUAACCGCUAGCGUGCAGCCAAGAAUACAGACUGUGAAUCUGGGUCAUACUGCCGAUUUAAUUUGCAGCACAUCUGGAUUUCCGAAACAACAAAUAUCGUGGUUCAAGGAUGGCAAACCACUGCGAUCUGGGGCACGUGUGCGUCUCCUGUCCAAGGAACAUAUGCGUAUUACAUCCAUCAUCAAGGAGGAUAAGGGAAUGUAUCAGUGUGUGAUCAAAAACGAUGUAGAGUCCAGCCAGAGUUCAGCCGAGUUAAGAUUGGGAGAGGUGGCACCUCAACUGCUUUACAAGUUCAUUGAGCAAACAAUGCAGCCAGGACCUUCAGUUUCACUUAAGUGCAGCGCCAGUGGUAAUCCAACACCCAAAAUUGUCUGGCUCCUGGAUGGGUUUCCUCUGCCUAAUAAUGACCGCCUUAUGAUUGGUCAAUAUGUUACCACAUUUGGUGAUGUUAUAAGCCACGUUAACAUAUCAGCAGUCAAAUCAGAGGACGGAGGCGAUUACGAGUGUAAAGCGAUUUCCCGAGCCGGUGAAGUGGCAAAUUCUGCUCGUUUAAAUAUUUAUGGCAUGCCCUACAUACGACAUAUGCCAAAGAUAUCUGCUGUCGCUGGCAAAGUGUUUUCAUUAAAAUGCCCCAUUGCCGGAUAUCCAAUUGAAAGUGUUUAUAUCGAGAAAGAUGGCAUCAGAUUGCCAAUCAACAUGUGACAGCGUGUCCAAAAUGGAACGCUUGUGAUUGAAAACGUGCAACGUGCCGCCGAUCAGGGCACAUACACCUGUGUUGCAAGAAACAAACACAACUAUACAUCGCAGCGGUCAGUCGAAGUCAAAGUAUUGGUUCCACCCAAGAUUACACCAUUCUCAUUCGCACGCGAUUUGAACGUCGGUGACCGCACCAGCAUUCAGUGCGUUAUUGGCACCGGGGACCUGCCGCUUUCAUUCACUUGGCUGAAGGAUGGGAAGGCACUGCCAAUGGCGGCGGGCAAAUUUAUACCACCGGAUCCGUCGUUGACAAUCAAUCAAUAUACCCCAUUCUCCAGCAUAUUGUCCAUACACAACGUCUCCUCGGGGCACAAUGGUAACUACACUUGUAGUGUGGCCAACCAUGCUGGUACUGUUGAUUAUACAGCUGUUCUUUCGGUUUCGGUACCACCCCGAUGGAUAUUAAAGCCCACUGAUCAAGACGCAAUCCUAGGAAAUCCAGUAAUGGUAUCUUGUAAGGCCGAUGGAUUUCCCAUACCCACCAUACAAUGGAAACAGUCUAUAGGUGACUCCGGUGAUUAUCGGGAUCUUAGCUAUGAUAUUGGCAAUGGAAACUCACAUUCCUCAAUUGUGGCCAAUUCCAAUGGUUCCCUCAUCAUAUCGAAGGUAUCUCGAGAGCACGAGGGGAGUUAUUUGUGCCAGGCGAGCAAUGGCAUUGGCGCCGGUUUGAGCACACUGAUUAAGUUGACUGUGCAUGUUGGUCCCUCAGUUACCGUUGCGAAAAAGCAGUUAUCAAUUCGUCGUGGCGAACGCAUCACAUUGCGUUGUGAGGCCAACGGAGAUCAGCCCUUGGACAUAUCGUGGCGCUCGAAGGCCAGUCGCAUUGAUCCAUCUUAUGAUAUACGAUACCAUAUCAAGAACUCGCCCCUGGCUCGUGGCGUCUCCUCUGAGCUGACUAUACUGCAAACGGUUCUCACGGAUCGCGGCGAAUACACUUGCAUAGCCAACAAUGCUUAUGGACGGGAUAGGAGUGUGAUUAUUGUCCAAGUGCAGGAGCCACCAAAUUUCCCAGUUAAUUUGCACGUGAGAGAUCUGGGCAGUCGUUCGGUAACGUUGGCAUGGUCCCCGAAUGAUCAGGACUCGAUCAUUUUGGGCGGAGGUGGCGGUAAUAAUCGAGAUGCACAACCAAUAUCGAAUUACAUUCUACAAUAUAAGAAAGCUGGAGAUGUUUGGCACGAGCAUAACAAUCAGAAGCUUCUGCCUGGCGAUAGAACUACGGCCCAGCUGGGUUCCCUUCGGCCUGCACAAGUUUAUCAUAUACGACUAUUUGCCGAAAAUCAUUUGGGCACCAGUGCUCCAAGCGAUGUUCUCUUCGUGCAAACAGACUCCGAGGUUCCAUCUGCUCCGCCGCAAGAGGUGACUGCCGAGCCACUUGGGCCACAGCAGUUGCUUAUAACGUGGCGAGCGCCGGUGCGAGAUUCGUGGAAUGGCGAACUAUUGGGCUACACAAUUUCGUAUCAGAGGCAAGGUACUCCAGAUAGUGGUAAAAAUCACACGAAGGUUGGCAGCCUAAUUAGCGAGGGCAUAAAUGAUUUUCGCUUGACUGGAUUGGUGAAGUAUACGCAAUAUGGCAUCACUGUGUCGGCAUUCAAUAUCAAAGGCGAUGGACCGCCAAGCGAUGUGGCCCUGGGUCACACUUUGGAGGACGCUCCAUCCGCGGCGCCCCGAUCCGUGUCAUGCAUUGCACUCACCGCGCAAAAUAUACAAAUAUCGUGGCAAUCGCCGCCAAAGGAAUUGAGUCAUGGCAUCAUUCAGGGCUACAAGCUGCUCUACGAGCCCGGUUUCCUAGAGAGUGAAUAUAGCGUGAGGGAAACGAAGAUUACAUCCGCACUUAGCACAGUGCUCCAUGGCCUGCAACCGUUCACCAACUAUAGUGUUCAGGUCCUGGCAUUCACUCGAGCCGGUGAGGGUGUCACAAGUCCGGCUGUCUCCUGCGUUACGGAGGAGGCAGUGCCCGAUGCACCCGAGCUGGUCAAGUCUGCUGUGAACACCGAAUCCUCAGUGGUUAUUAGUUGGCUAGCACCACGAAGACCCAAUGGCUUAAUUACCAAAUACAAUGUUUAUAUACGUGUCCUGGAAAAGGGACAGGAGUUGAAAAUAAUGAAAGAGAUGUUGCCGGCACACAAUCGACAUUUCGAGGCAAGAGAUCUUAAUUUUCGGGAGACAUACGAGGCUUGGGUAACAGCAUCCACAAGAGUGGGCCAGGGUCCAAGUACACCGGUAAUCAAACUAGUGCCGAGCACUUCGAUACCCGCUGCCAUUGUAUCCUUCAGUCAGACGCUGUCCGUCACUUGGAGAUCGGACAUCAAGUUGCCGUGUCUCUAUGUUGGGAAUCCCAAAUCGAAUGCCGAAUGGAAGAUCCUAAAUACACGCUCCAAGCAGCAGUACCAGCUGGAAGUUAGCAAUGAUAAUACUCUGAGUCUACGCAAUAUCCAACGAUCCCACGAGGGCAACUAUUCAUGCGUUGUCAAAAAUUCUGCCGGCUCCGAUCAUAUAGUUUAUCAACUCUAUGUUCAAGUUCCACCAUCUGCGCAUGUUUCUGUGAAUUCAGUUCACAAGAAUUCGGUGUCCAUUCAAUGGAGAGUUGAUGACAUUGGCCGUGCACCCAUUCGCGGCUUUACUUUAACCUAUCGCCGAGAAUCAGCUGAAUGGGACGAGAUCCAAAUCGAUAGACGCAUCACUUCCUAUAUGCUCGAGAAUCUGCAAUGUGGCACCAAAUAUCAGCUGACCAUGAAUACCUUUAAUAAAAUCGGAACCAGUGCGACCAGCGCUAUAGCAUCGGCACAAACUAAAGGCAAUAAGCCAUUUGCACCACAAAAACAGAGUUUUAUACGAGCGAAUACAACAUCGGUUGUCUUGGAUUUGUCUUCGUGGCAAGAUGGUGGCUGCCCCAUACUCCACUUUAGUAUCGAGUUUAAGCAUUACAAAUCUUCUAGUGACUGGAUUAUAGUCUCAAAUAAAAUUGAAACACAUAGCCGUUACAAUAUCGGGGAUUUAGAGCCAGGAACCGCCUACAAUCUGCGCGUAACUGCCAAUAAUAAUGCUGGCUCAACUACAAAGGAGUUUUAUUUUGAGACACAGCAUUUGAUGGGAUUUACUGGCAGCUCGGACUCGGAGGAAAUACCUGAUGAUCAAGCCAUGUUUACCGAUGCUCAUUUUAUUGCUGUUAUCAUAACAUCCAUUUUUGGCACAAUUCUUGCCCUGCUUGGAGCUUUUAUCUGCUUCAAAAACUGUCCGCGUACAUUAUUUUCACGUAAUGUGGACUCACUCAGGCCACAGAUUGGUGUCGUCGAUGGAAAGGAUAUUCAGAGUCGUGAACACUUCUAUGGCACUGUACGCAAAUCGUGCCAGCAAUCUCCACCAGAAUCGGUUGCUGGUCUCGAGCGUAUACCCGAAUACUCGGAGGAUAUUUAUCCAUAUGCCACAUUCCAUUUGCCCGAGCAUGAAAACCAAUCUGGAAAUAUACCUCUAAGCUACACGGGCAAUCCAUCAAAGUACGAGUCUCGAGGCUGUGAGGACGAAAACACUUUGUGCAGCUCGGGGGCAAAGGGGAAACGAAUCAUGGCCACUAGUGUGGGUGGCAUCAAUGCUAAUGUGAAGCUAUCGAGCGUGAUAGUUGCCUCCUCGGAUGAGAGCAACCAUCUAAACACGGAGAAGCGACUGAAGCGUCGCUCAAAGAUUAUAAAGUCCGAAUCGGAGGAGUACGAUAGCUUAAAUAGUGAUAGUGAGAUUAGUGGAGAGCGUAUUCGAGACGAUAAUCGAAGUAUCCUUGAGACUACUACCUAUAUAGAUGAUGAGGGUCUAACAGCACAUGGCCGGAAAAUAAGAAACGAUGGUGGAAUUGGUAAAGAUAGGUCUUCGGUAUUUAGCAGACCUCAACUGCAUAGUAACAUUUUGGACAUCGUGCCCAUCGACUACCGGCUCAUUGAGUCGUCCGCAAAGCAGCAGCGGAAAUCAGCGAACUCUUGCGAUUCCCAGCGGAAAGUUGGCACAAUUAAAUCUGUCAAAGGUCCAGCCCAAUGUUCAGAUGUGUCCCGAAGUGUAUCCAGUCGCCAGCGAUUCAAAAGUACCGAUAGUAAUACCAACAGCAGCUCCCUUAAUCGCGAUUGUGGGGAAAACAAGGGCAUCUCCCGACCAAUUGCCCAACCGGGCUCAUAUAUUGAAAAACUGAAGCCGCAGGACAGAGAUAAGCUCGGUUGUUCUUCGUCAAUAACAUGCUAUAAUCAGAGCUAUGGUGAUACGAAUGGAGAAUUAUUAAUGAAUAGUGGAGGGGAUCAACGUGAGUUCAUCAGUCAUCAUCGUCAUAUUUACAGUAUUGAAUCAUUAGAUUUAUUGGAGGUAUCGAAGGAUGCGGAUAGAUCAUUCGAAUACCAUGCCAUGGAGAUAUUGAGCAACACGGAAACCUUGGCCAUGGGUGCCACAAUGAGUGACCACAAAUAUCAAAUGGAAAAUAGCUCGGCUGAGAACAGCAUCUUGCAUAAGAAUCCAAAAAUUGAGCAAUUAGAUUACAUUUUAACUGAGAAGCAUGUUAGUCCUCCGUCUGCCUUCACUGACCGGGUUAGCCAAAUUUAAAUGUAUAAGUAUUGUGCAAGAUUAAUUCCAAGAUAAUAACCAGGUUUAAUGCAUUUAUAACAUACAACUAUUUACUAAUUCAAAUAUUGCAAUUAUCAUCAAAAUGAUUAUAAAAUGUUUAUGAAUGUAAGUAGUGCAUAUUUUGCCAUUUGGUAUAAAUAAUUCGAUAGUGUAGUCUUAACUUGACCAUCAGAACGUUUAAAUCAUAUUAAUGCGAUCCAGUGCUUCGACAUAUCUUAAGUGUUAAAUAAUGACAAAGACCACAAUUACA